CCUUUGCAGGGAGCGCGAUGACGUAACCGCGCACGUACGUAUCGACGUCUGCCCUUGCUGCCGAGUGGAGGAGACCCCGGAGCGAGCUGCCAACGCCCGGCGGACGAGAAGCAGAAGAGCAGAGGCUCCGAAAAGAAGGAAGGAAGAGGAGAAGAUCAAUCUUCGACUUGACCCAGUAGCCGAUCUUCACUAUGCAGACUAUUAAGUGUGUAGUUGUGGGCGAUGGAGCCGUCGGUAAAACAUGUCUUCUAAUUUCUUACACGACAAAUAAAUUCCCAUCUGAAUAUGUACCAACGGUUUUCGAUAACUAUGCUGUAACUGUGAUGAUCGGUGGAGAGCCAUAUACCUUAGGCCUGUUUGACACAGCAGGGCAGGAAGAUUAUGACAGGUUACGGCCUCUCAGCUAUCCCCAGACAGACGUGUUUCUGGUCUGCUUCUCGGUGGUCUCGCCAUCUUCGUUUGAAAAUGUGAAAGAAAAGUGGGUACCUGAAAUCACUCACCACUGUCCAAAGACCCCCUUUUUGCUUGUUGGGACCCAGAUUGAUCUCAGAGAUGACCCCUCCACAAUUGAGAAACUUGCCAAGAAUAAGCAGAAGCCUAUCACUCCUGAGACUGCUGAGAAACUGGCGCGGGACUUGAAGGCUGUCAAAUACGUGGAAUGCUCUGCACUCACGCAGAAAGGCCUAAAGAAUGUAUUUGACGAGGCGAUAUUGGCCGCCCUGGAGCCUCCGGAGCCGAAGAAGAGCCGCAGGUGUGUGCUGCUAUGAACGUCCUUUUCGCGGCCCCUUCUGCAAAGCUGGCGUUGAUGUCAUACUAAAAAGCAAUGUCAAAAUCAAACUAAAGAUUCAGAUUUUUCCCCCCAAUUUGUUAUUUUUUUUUGUUGCAAUAAUGACAAAUGCCGCGCACCCUCUUCCCAUGCGCUCCCCUGUCUGAGAUGCAAAUGUUAGUGCUCUUCUCCAUUGCCCUUCGGUUAAACUAAUUUCUUUUUUAAGAAAAAGAAUAAUAUUGUAUUUCAAACCAACACUGAUCAAUACUAGGGUUUUUGUUUUGUUGACUGUUUAAUUUUUUUGUUUGGUUUUUAAAAUUCAGGCAUGCUUGUGGGGAUUUCCUCCCCGCUAUAUAACAGACUAAUUUUCAGGCCCUGACCCAUCACUGCUAGCCUGGCAUGACUUGGAUUCUUUGGGCUUAUGGGGCCGGCUUGCAGUCUGAGGGUGAGCAGGUUUCAGUCCUUGGAACAGAUUCUGGAAUUGAAAAACGCCCCAAACUGGUGCUUCUUUGAAGAGGAAUGUAGUGCCCCUUUCUGAUCUGCAUCUCCUCCGAAGUUGCCUUGGAUCUGUUUUCCUCUGUUUCCUCCAAGGAGGUCAGACCUUCCUAUCUUGCCCUUUCUAAGAACGAAACGAAAACGAGCCCUUUGUCUGUGUUUUCAGCCAAAAGCUUUUGUGUGUGUGUGCGUGUGUGUAUGAAAGAGACACACAAACCCCUACAUAAAUCCCACCCCAUCAGUUGCUACUUUUCGGUCUGUAGUUUUCAAGAACACGAAAACGUUAGCCAUUAAACAACCGGCCCCUUCUCUUGGCAAUAGAGGCGUCUGAUGAUCGGCGGCAUGAGUUGAUCUAUUUUGAAAUCUAUCCACAUGGCCUUCACCUGUUAAUGGGAGUUUUGAAGUUUAAGAAGCUGACUUGUGUCACAAAUGUGGUUCAGUGUUCCCUUUGAAGAGAAAGGGAAUCAGAUGUGCCUCAGGAACAUACAAAAAAGGUAUGGAGGGGAAAGAUGUUUGAACCUGGCACCUUGGGGGACUGAUGGAGGACGGACCCCAAAAUGCGAUAGCGCCUCUGGCCUCUAGGGUUGUUGCUCAGUGUAGCAGAUCAUGCGAGGGUCUCUGACCCCAGUGUUAGUAGGGAUCUUAACAGAAUUAUACUCCAGCUUAAUAUUUCUUGAUCUUCCCUGACUCUUUAAUUCUUGUAGACCUGUUAGUGUUGAACCGAUGCUUCCCCCCAUGUCUUAAGUUCUUUGUAUAUGCAUUUUUUUCAAAUGUAUUAAACAUAAAGUAUCUUCACAA